AUGGAAUCCCUUCAAGGGGUGCGUGGACAUAGAAAGAUUCUUGAUCGUAACCAUAUGGCAUCACUCGGAAAAAGUAUUUCAUCACACCUUCAAUACUCUCAACUUUGGCCUUUCAGGAUCAGCAAGAAGACAACCAGUGAGAUUAGUAGGUGUUUCAUCACUGGUGUCUCACCACACUCAAUGAUGGAUUUCAUGAGUGGCUUCAAUUUUGUGACAAAUGUCUCACACAAGAAGACACUCUCUGGGCUUCACAGUCUUGAUGAUGAGGAUGUACUUGCAACUCUGCAAUUAUCAAUUAUGUGUGGUCCAGAUGAAGAUGAAGUCCAAGAACACUCAUAUAUUAAUAUGAAAUGA